GGUUGCCAUGACAAGCAUUUUCUGAGCUCGCCCCGCCACUGCAGCGCUCGCGCGGGCGGAGCAGCCCGGCUCCCUGCGGCCGCGCCCGGCGGGGGACGGGGCGACGACCCGGGGCGGCUCCGCAGCCUCCUGCCCCUGCGCGCCCGGGACCAGCCGGGUCUUGCGCCCUCCUCCCGGCCGCGGCCAUGCGGGGCGGGCCGGGCUGCGGGCGGCCGGGCAGGACCAGCUGCAGCCCAUGAAUUAAGUGCGGGAGCGGCUCCGCCUCUCGGUGUCCCGAGGAAGCCGGCAGUCCAGGACCUCCCGUUGCUGCCGGUAUCCAGGGAACCCUCCUCCUCUGGGAGAUGCACAGUGGUCGUUGCUAAGGUUGCUUCCACGGUAACAUGCACAUCCUGUUUACACCUUUAUCUGGAGAAGUUGGGCUCGGCUAAUCACACCGGCUUCACCUGGGAGGCUGUAGAAGGAAGCACCCGCUUCCCCCUCCCCAACCCCCCGAUACCUCCGCUGCGAUCCUCCGGUCUCCACGGGGCUGCGGAGUGAGGCUGCCAAAGACUGCCUGUGUCCCCUGCGGGACAUUCGGGGGAGGGAGGUAAAAACCUAGGAGCCAGCAUUUGUUUGGGGUUUUUGUUUUUUGGGGUUUUUUUUCCAAUUUCCGGUUGCAUCUGCUUUGACUCUGGUUGUGUUGGCAAGAUGACCAACAACUCUGCAGACCACCAUCCUGGCAACUCUGUUGCCGAAGGCAACCAUGAAGGGGACUUUGGUUGUUCCGUGGUUGAACUGCGAAACCUCAUGGAGCUCCGGAGCUCCGAGGCCGUCACCAGGAUAAACGACACCUACGGGGGAGUGCAGAACAUCUGCAAGAGGCUGAAGACCUCACCAGUAGAAGGCUUGUCUGGAAACCCCACGGACCUGGAGAAGCGGAGGCAGGUGUUUGGCCAGAACUUCAUUCCUCCCAAGAAGGCCAAGACUUUCCUGCAGUUAGUGUGGGAGGCGCUUCAGGACGUCACACUGAUCAUCUUGGAAAUCGCAGCCAUAAUUUCCCUGGGCCUGUCCUUCUACCACCCGCCGGGCGGGGACAACGAAUUGUGUGGCCAAGUGUCAGGUGGCGUGGAGGACGAGGGGGAGUCGCAGGCCGGCUGGAUCGAGGGGGCGGCCAUCCUGUUCUCGGUGAUCAUCGUGGUGCUGGUGACCGCAUUCAAUGACUGGAGCAAAGAGAAGCAGUUCCGGGGCCUCCAGAGCCGAAUCGAGCAGGAGCAGAAGUUCACGGUCAUCCGCAAGGGGCAGGUGAUCCAGAUCCCUGUGGCUGAGAUUGUGGUGGGGGACAUCGCGCAGAUCAAAUAUGGUGACUUGUUGCCAUCUGACGGCAUUCUGAUUCAAGGCAAUGAUCUGAAAAUUGAUGAGAGCUCUUUGACUGGGGAGUCGGACCACGUCAAGAAGUCCCUGGACAAGGACCCCAUGCUGCUUUCUGGUACCCAUGUGAUGGAGGGCUCCGGGAGGAUGGUGGUGACUGCUGUGGGCAUCAACUCGCAAACUGGAAUCAUCUUCACUCUGCUGGGUGCAGAAGGAGAUGAGGAGAAGAAGGUGAAGAAAGGUAAAAAACCAGGAGCCCCCGAAAAUCGCAACAAAGCUAAAACUCAGGAUGGUGUGGCCCUAGAAAUCCAGCCCCUGAAGAGCCAGGAAGGAGUAGAGAAUGAGGAAAAAGAGAAGAAGAAGGUGAAAGUCCCCAAGAAGGAGAAGUCUGUGCUACAAGGGAAGCUGACCCGCCUUGCAGUGCAGAUCGGGAAGGCAGGACUGAUCAUGUCAGCCAUCACCGUCAUCAUCCUGGUGCUGUACUUUGUGAUCGACAACUUUGGCGUGCAGGGCAGGCCCUGGCUGGCAGACUGCACCCCCAUCUACAUCCAAUACUUUGUCAAGUUCUUCAUUAUCGGCGUCACCGUGCUGGUGGUGGCUGUGCCCGAGGGCCUGCCACUGGCCGUCACCAUCUCCUUGGCCUACUCUGUCAAGAAAAUGAUGAAGGACAACAACCUGGUGAGGCACCUGGAUGCUUGCGAGACCAUGGGCAACGCCACAGCCAUCUGCUCGGACAAGACUGGCACACUCACCAUGAACCGCAUGACCGUGGUACAGGCAUACGUGGGCGACACCCAUUACCGGCAGAUCCCUGACCCCGAAGCCAUCCUGCCUAAGGUCCUGGACCUCAUUGUCAAUGGUGUUGGCAUCAACUCGGCCUACACCUCAAAGAUCCUGCCACCAGAGAAGGAAGGAGGGCUCCCACGGCAAGUGGGGAACAAGACCGAGUGCUCCCUGCUGGGCUUUGUCCUGGAUUUGAAGCAAGACUACCAGGCGGUCAGGAACGAGGUGCCCGAGGAAAAGCUCUACAAGGUGUACACCUUCAACUCAGCGCGCAAGUCCAUGAGCACGGUGCUGAAAAACGCAGACGGCAGCUUCCGCAUGUACAGCAAGGGCGCCUCCGAGAUCAUCCUGCGCAAGUGCUCAAAGAUUCUGGACAAGAAUGGGGACCCACGGCUGUUCAAGAUGAAGGACCGCGAUGAGAUGGUGAAGAAGGUGAUUGAGCCCAUGGCCUGCCACGGGCUGCGCACCAUCUGCCUAGCUUACCGGGACUUCCCGGCCGGCGCCGAGCCCGACUGGGACAGCGAGAACGAGAUCCUGGGUGACCUGACCUGCAUUGCAGUGGUCGGCAUCGAAGACCCUGUGCGCCCAGAGGUGCCAGAGGCCAUCCUGAAGUGCCAGCGUGCCGGCAUCACUGUCCGCAUGGUGACGGGUGACAACAUCAACACGGCCCGCGCCAUCGCCACCAAGUGCGGCAUCCUGCUGCCUGGGGAGGACUUCCUGUGCCUGGAGGGGAAGGAGUUCAACCGGCUCAUCCGGAACGAGAAGGGCGAGGUUGAGCAAGAGCAGCUGGAUAAGAUCUGGCCCAAGCUGCGGGUGCUAGCGCGCUCCUCGCCCACGGAUAAGCACACGCUUGUGAAAGGUAUCAUCGACAGCACCGUUGGAGAGCGGAGACAGGUGGUGGCCGUGACGGGGGACGGGACCAAUGAUGGCCCUGCAUUGAAGAAAGCCGACGUGGGAUUCGCUAUGGGCAUAGCAGGCACAGACGUGGCCAAAGAGGCUUCUGACAUCAUCCUGACAGACGACAACUUCACCAGUAUCGUCAAGGCGGUGAUGUGGGGCCGCAACGUCUAUGACAGCAUUUCCAAGUUCCUGCAGUUCCAGUUGACGGUCAACAUUGUGGCUGUCAUCGUGGCUUUUACAGGGGCCUGCAUCACGCAGGACUCUCCUCUGAAGGCUGUCCAGAUGCUGUGGGUGAACUUGAUCAUGGACACCUUUGCCUCCUUAGCCCUUGCCACAGAGCCCCCCUCUGAGUCCCUGCUGCUGCGCAAGCCCUAUGGCCGUAACAAGCCCCUCAUCUCCCGCACCAUGAUGAAGAACAUCCUGGGCCAUGCGGUGUACCAGCUGACCAUCAUCUUCACCUUGCUCUUUGCAGGCGAGAAGUUUUUUGACAUCGACAGUGGCCGGAAUACUCCCCUCCACUCACCCCCCACCGAACACUACACCAUUGUCUUCAACACCUUCGUCAUGAUGCAGCUCUUCAACGAGAUCAAUGCCCGCAAAAUCCACGGCGAGAGAAACGUCUUUGAGUCCAUCUUCCGGAAUCCCAUCUUCUGCACGGUGGUUCUUGGCACCUUUGGCGCGCAGAUCCUCAUCGUGGAGUUUGGAGGAAAGCCAUUCAGCUGUUCUGGGCUCACCUUGAGCCAGUGGUUCUGGUGUAUUUUUAUCGGUGUAGGCGAGCUGCUCUGGGGACAGUUGAUCUGCACUGUCCCAACCAGCCAGUUGAAGUUCCUGAAGGAGGCAGGGCAUGGCAUCACCAAGGAGGAUAUUCCAGAAGAGGAGCUGCCUGAGGACUUAGAUGAGAUUGACCAUGCCGAAAUGGAGCUCCGGCGUGGGCAGAUCCUAUGGUUCAGGGGUCUCAACAGGAUACAGACUCAGAUCAAAGUGGUGAAUGCGUUCCGUAGCUCCUUGUACGAAGGCCUUGAGAAACCCGAAUCCAGAAGCUCCAUUCAUAACUUCAUGACUCACCCAGAGUUCAUCCGGGAGGAAUACGAGUCUCAAACCCCAUUGGAAUACGAGUCUCAAACCCAUGAUGACGCUGCAGAUGACCCCGGGAUUGACGGACUCUAAAAGUGAGGUCGGGGUAACCCAGGCGGAUCCUUAUCCCUGAACAAAAAAUAACAAUGCAGUGGACCGUGAUCUAGCCCAGGUCCCCGUCCCGGAGUCUGAAAGCCCCUGACACAGCUUGGAGACAUCGGUUUGACCUUUGAACUUUGAUCCCCCCCUCCACCUUUUGCUCCACACCUGUGUGACAUCGGCACCAAUAACUGAUCUCGCACUGCGGUCACGUCAUGUCAACUGCUCAUGCGUAUAUAAUUUUAUUUUCUUUUGAUGAUUUAGUGGCAGGAACUGGAGUACCACGUUGGGGGGGGGGGGGCGAUGGGAUUAAGCAAACAUUGUGAGGAUGUGUUGUCACCCCCAGCGGCACUCGCCCAAGUGAAAAAACAGCCAAGUCAAUAUUUCUUCUCCUUGAGUUGGUUUCCGGGUGUCAUUGGGGGGGUGUCCAUUUUGAAACAAUGCAUGUUCAAAGAAAAGGUUGAAUUGUCUUACAGAGUCUUACGUGUGCACUCAGUAGUCCGGUAUCAAGGGUGCCGUUGUGAUUUUUCUUUUUUCUUUUGCUUGUGGAAUUUUACCCCUGGAUAAAUCCACAUGUGAGGAAAAAGCACGAAAGUGCAGGUUCAAAAAUUAUAUGGCAAAAACCUUUAAAAAAAAAAAAAAAAGGAGAGGGAAGGAGUUGUGGGGGGAAAUGCUGAUAUUGCCCACAGAGACUCUGAUGGUUACAGUUGUUAAAAGUCUUCCACCUUGGAAAAAAAUGGUACCUAACCUAUACACUAUUUUUGUUUUUUGUGCGCCUCUCUCUAUCUCUCUCUUUUUUCUGUCUCCAAAAGUAGUAAUUGUCAUAAAAACAUGGGAUGAAGGACAUUUUAAGAGUCUUAAGUGUAUUGGAUUUGAUGAAAAUGCCCCUGGUUUUUUUUGUCACAAAGCACCACGGAAGAUGCCACCACCAGUCGGAGUGCCACGACUGGAAAGAGCAGGUCUCCUCUUCUUACGGAUCUUCAUAGAAGCAUCUUUUUUUUGUUGCUCUGAACCGUUUGAAAUCGGACGGCAGGUUUUUCGAUGGUUGGUGGGAGUUAUGUGUAACUUCACAGCUGACUAUUUCUGAACCGCUUCUGUAAGCGGAGGUGAUUUUUAAAGCAGGUUUUUGGAUUGUCUGUACCAUCUGGUUAAAUAUUUCUUUGGCCUGGGAGUGAGAGUACCAGCAGUGGCUGAUUGUGUUUUAAUCCCAGAAGAUGCGCACCGUGUGUGUACACCAGGACCCAUCUAUUCUCUUCAAAGUGGUGGCAGUCUGAAUAUGUAUUGAAUGCCAGCUCACCCGAUGGUAUAGUUGGGCCUUGAUAAGGCUUCCAAUCCCUGCCACCCCCUUGUAGGGCUUUGUGGGUUCCUUAGGACAGAGAGAAGAGAGAAAAGUGGAGAAGAGGGUGUGUUUGUACCUGUCAUUUCUUCAGCAUGCUGUUCAGGUGGAACAUGCACCCCACAAAUUGAACUGCUUGGUGUCUCACGAGGGCUGGGUGAUGCUGUCUGCUGGCCGGUGUGCCAUGCUAUUGCAUACCUGUCUUAUUGAGGAACAAAUGGGCAAAGGCACCUCCUUCACUUGAACUUCCAGAGGAGGCUUCAUAGCUAGGCUUAAUCCCAUUCCCCUCUGCUCUCCCUGACUAGGAUGGUCUUCUCUUCUCCAUGGAUUCUCAUUUGCCUCCCUUUUUUUUUUUUUAGUUACUAUAACCUGAUGUGAGAAAUUGUGUUUCAUGAAGAUAGUCAUAGCUGGCGCUAUUGUCUCUGGAGAACACUACCCCUGGGUGUCCUGUGCUUAUUAUUAUUGUAUCCCUCCAUUUUUUUAGGUUAGUUUCCUAGAAUUGAGGUCUGGGCUUCAGCUUUUGCCCACCUGGGAAGUUACCCAGUGAAGUUAUUUGAGCAGUCAUUCUCUUGAAGCCAAGGAAGGGCCAAAUCCUGAGUGGUGGGAGAUGAAUUCUUCAACUCCCAUUGGUUCCGCUGGGUGCUUGGUCCUGGGCUGGUAUCACUGAGAAAUGACAUACCUGAGGCCUGAGUCUGCCCUUUUAUCCCACGCUUAUUCCAUGAAAAGCAGGGCAGGAAGACAAAGAACCCAAUUGGCUACAGAGAAGGGUUCACGAUAAAAGGGGGUCCCUUUGCCCAGCCUCCUUCCCACCCUCCAGCUCUCUUAGCGAGUGAUUGUUUUAGUUUUUAAGAACGCACAGCAGAAACUCCUGUGCCUUUUCCAAGCACUGCCCGAAGCACCGUCUGCCACAUGGGAGCCCGGUACUUUGCCAAGAGAUAAGUGUUCCUUAAACGACAACACAUUGAAUUGAGCUCUUUAACCCAGCACCGGCUAGACCCCUUCUCCAUGGGGCUCAGUCGCUCCGUUCCAUCUUCCUGGUCAAGGUAGACCGAUGAAAAGUCCCUCUCCAAGGGUCUUCUGUCCAGCGCUGGUCAAGGGGUGGAUGCUAGGCUCAAUGCACUGCCAACACCCAGAAGAACUAACCCCCACUGCCCAUCUGAAUACCAAAUCCCACACAAAGCACCUACCCCUUCCAUCCAGAUGAACCCAUCCGCUUCCUUCAUUUCUGUCAUGCUUCAUCUGAAUUUCGUAUCAUUUGGAGGGGCGGGAGGGGGAAAAUAGUCGUUUCUUGGGUUUACACAACCUAUCUGACAGGAAACGUGCAAAGAUUUUUGUUUCAUUUUGUUCUGUUCUAAAGGUUGCAUUAAAAAGAACGGUUUUUCUAUUUUAAAGACUUGCAAAAAAAAUACAGUAGAUGAAAAUGUGGUGUUCUUUAUGAGCUUACAUAAAUAUUUUGGGGGACAUUGAUUUUUGUUUCGUCACUCUUUUUUAUUACCUCAGACCUGUUUAAAAAAUAAAAUAAAAUAUAUGUAAAAAAUGCUAGAGGCACUUACCGUCACUCCCAGAAGUCUCUGUGACUGGCAGGUUACCAUGAGGGUCUGGUCUGCUAUUUAGUUGAUAAUUUUUUUGUUCUAGUUUCCAUAUUAGGAGGGGGUGGGAAAUGAUUAUAUAUAUAAAUAUUAUGCAAAAAAUAUAGUUUUCUUUAGGUCAGAAACUGAUAUUUUUAAGUCAGCCAUAUGUAUUUUGUUUAAAGGGGAAAAAAAACCAAACCUGUGAGUCAUGUGACUGCAGUGGCAUUUAAUCACACGACUGGCAGUUUAACGUGACAGGUAAUUUAGUAUAUCAGUGAUUGGUCAGACUCCAAUCAGCUUCCUUUCUCUGAGCAGCCAUCUUUGUACUAAAAGUCAGUUGGAUUACACAAACUUUUUUUAUAUAAAUUAUGUUGGUAUGGCUGGUUGCUUGAAGUAUAAGCAUUUAUUGUGCAUACAUUUUUUAUGUAAAAUAUUUUUUCUAUUUAGUUUUAGUGAUAAACUGGCAGCAGAUGACUUUGGCUUAAGUUAUUAAGGAAAUGGUGGGCAGGGGAAUGGUGCUGUAGACUAAGAAAGGCAUGGUUGGUUACAUGACCAUCUGGGGAUUUUUCUGCAACAUGCCUUGAAAGAUGGGGAGAUUUUUUUUUCCUUUUUUUUUUUUUUUUUUUUACUGCCAAUAGUGUGUGUGCGCGCGUAUGUGUGAGCGCGUGUGUGUCUGUGUUGGGGGGGGUGGGCGGGAGGGGAUUCAACAGUGCCAUGCUAGACAGGAAAUGAAGUAAUAUCCUGUGAUGUGUUAACAUGCCUUGGAAUGUUGUGUUAUUAAAACACUCCAAACAUCAUUUUGCAUCCAGUUCUUAAUGAUAGGGUCUCUGUUGUUGGUUGGUUGGUUGGUGGCUUUUUUUUGUGUUGAAUAAAUUGGCGGAUUGGUACCAAAGACAUUACAUCACUUCCUGUGUGCAAUGGUGAACAUUUUUUUUUUUAAUUUUUAUUUUUGGAGUUUGCAUCAUGUGGUUAGGUUUCUAUCUCUCUCUCUCUCUUUUUUUCUUUUUUCCCCUCCCCCCUCUUUCUUCCCCACCCCCCUUUAAUUUGCACAGGGAUCUGACUUAAUUUUCAGAGGUUGUGUGCAAUACGUUUUAAGGGGGGGAAAAAAAUCAAAACACACAAAACAAAACACACAAAUAUCCAGAAGGAAAAAAACUAAACUGCAUUUUAGCAUGGGCAGCCUUCAAUAACAAAUCUUCCAGGGCAGAGGAAAAUACUUCCUUUUUAAUACGUGCCCAACCUUCGGCUCUUUUGGAAGUCAUCUCUGACUAGCCUUUGAAUGUCCUCACCAAGGGUUGGAGGGUCCAAAGCGCAUUGCAGACCCCUACAGCACUGGCUUUGGAUGAAGCUGGAGGAGGAAGGUAUCUUAAAGAAGAUUUGCUGCUAUCAUGACUUCUCCCAGCGUUCCACUUGCAACAGUUGAGGCCUUUUUGUUUCUCACGUCCCCCGAGUUCCUGCUUUCCAGACGUGUCCUGGACACAUGGCGUGGACAGUUGUGUCUCCGGCAGCUGCCACCUGACGGGGAGGGAAAGGGGCGGCACUGCAGUUCGUUUGUGCCAUGAGAGAGACUUUGACUCUCAUCCAUUCUCUGCUGUCCCACCUCCCAGCCAGUUCAUCAAUCAGUGGGAAACUACCAUCGGGAUCUCCUAAAUGCACCCUGAAAGCUCUACGCCCCACCUUGGAGUGAGUCUUGCCGAGGAAUGAGUGAGCCAACUCAAGAUGGUUAUGGCAUAUCAUUGUCCCCUGCUGUCAUGCCUGGCCAUGGCUUCUUCAUGCUUACCUAGAACACAAGACUAUAUGGCCAAGGCCAGGGCCAUCUUAUGGCAUGUGCUAUACCCUACCUUUGGAGAUCUUUCCUCCCUUUCCUGCCCAUCUCUUCCUCCCAGCUACGCAACCUGAAUUUUAUGCCUCCAAGCCUUCUGUUGGCAAAAAAAACCCUCAAAAAACUGUAAAUUGGUUAGCCCUUCAGCAAUGCCCAUGGCUAAAACUGUCUUUAGUUUAUUUCCUCUCCCUAAAUAAAUAUAUAUACAGUAUUAAAAUAUACAUUUCACAUGUAUAUAUAUUUAUCUAACUUAACAAAAAAAAAAUUUCUUUUGGAAAGAGCACGCAGAUUUGAAUUUGAGUUUCUCUCUCUUUUUUCAGUAACUAGUAUAAUAAGCACUGGUAUUUUUGUAUUAAAAAAAAAUACAAAACAAAAGACUGAAUAUUAUGUGGUAUGCAUGACAUUAAAAAAAAAAUGGUGGUUUCAAAGCAAUAUGUACCCUGGUGUGUUUGCCAUAUCCUAGAGUCCAGCUUUACCGUGCACCUGAUCUGUAUUUGCAUUUUAAUAUUAUUUAAUCUCUAUGUACAAUGUUUUGCAUGUAAUUUAUAUGGUUCUUGGGGAGAAAAAAAAACUUUUGAAUUGUCGACUAUCUUCUUCUGGGAACGUUUUGAAACUCAAAGCAUGGAUAAUGCUCUGAUCAGAAACGGAAGGGUGGGGAGAAGAACACAACUGAAGAUAAGGCGUGAGGGAAGAGGGGAAAGGAUAAUGUGUUGAAUCAAUAAAGCUUUUGCUGUUGAGCAAAAACAAUGCGCGAGUGCAUCCAGAGAAUAAAAUGUGCCCACUUGUAAUUGUGAUGUCCUCAAUGUGUGUCCACCAGCUUGUGAAGCCACUGAUCAUCUACUGAAGCUGAGGCGAGCAGUUGCACUGAAAGGCUUGUCUGGAAAUGUGGUUGCAGUUUAACUACUGGUGUUGGGGGUGAGGGGGGGGGAGGAAGUAAGCCAAAAAUCCUAACUAAUAGAGAACAACUUUAAAUAAAGGUGUUUCUCCAGCCUCCUCCAUUGGAUGGAUGUGACUGCACCAAAUUGCAUUUGUUCCAGUUCUAACUUCUUCCACCUCUGAGCAAGUUCCAGAAUCAGCUUUUUCAUACAUAUGCCAUGGUGCCCUGCAGAUGAUUUCCCCUGAUCCUCUUGCUCUCCUAGUCAGAUGUAUAUUGUGUUGCAAUGCAGUCCAACUGUCUGCCUUCCUUCCUUUUUCAGCUAGAAUUCAGCACGGCAGGUGAAGCAUGUCCCAAGCCCACUUCUCUUCAAUGCAGCAUUUUAAAGAAGCAUCCUUGAGUUGCACGCCAUAGGGAUGUGCUGAAGUAUUUGCCUGUGGUUUGCUAGUUGCUUAAAUGUUUUGCUGACUUGAAAUCUCCAGCAGACCAGGCAGAGUUCGUUUAGCUCAAUAUGCUGAGAUUAGCACCUGGAAUUACCUAAAGGAAUAACUGGGAGCAGUUUUGAUGCUGCACCUGGAUAGUCCCUUGGGACCGGGUGGGAUUCUUCUCAAGAGAACAAUUAAUCGCACGCGUGAGCAUUUGCAGGAUGGGAGCUGACACGCUCCAAAAAGGAGCCUUUGCACCUAGUAGCAGAAUGAGACACGUUGUAAAGCUGUUUUCUGGGGCUGUGAAAUGCAUAUUAAUUUCAGAGUCAUCCUGCCUGCUGAACCUCAUACAGGGCUUUGUCUAGUAAGUCAGUACAGGCUCAGGGUACCUACCUCUGCUUGGUGCUCAGCACUUGAACACCAUGCUCCUCGUGUGCUCUUUCUUGUGAAAUGGGUUGUGCUAAUGCUUGUGUUUAAAAAGUCUGUGUCUGAGACUCCACCCGUCAUGGGAGAACUGGGACACUGUGGGGCAACUAGGAAGUCGGAGAUGGAAGCAAAAGAUCUGUAAGGUACCCCUUAAAGGUUGAUCCCAAGUGCAUUGCAGGCAUUUGAAAUCCUAAUAUUCCCAGUUUUCUGUGUCAAAGCUAUUUUGCCUUGGUAUCAAAAGAGGCGUGGUGCCUAUGCUUAUCGGCUCAGAAAAGAGCAGAGAAGGGGCCAAGGUGAGAGAGCAUACCAGCCAGCACACCUCUUUCCCCCCACUCUUGCAUAGUCUUCUGUGAUGAUUAUAUAGGUAACAUCUGAGGCAUCUUCAGUUUUAAAAGAAGCUAUGGGAAAUGUCAGUAUUUUUGGUUGUUGGUUUUGUUUUGUUUUGUUUUUAAGUGGAUCUGAUUGGACCUGAAUUCAGUGCAAAUGCUUCAUGGUUUUCCCAGUGGUUUAUAGUAGGAAAAGUCUGCUUUUUGGAGCUGCAGCUGUAAUACUAAUUUAAAUAUUUGUGUGGUGUGUUCCCGUAGCCAAUUACCGUGCCAAAGCAAGUGGCUCCAUGCUAUCCAUUGUCUCAUUUUUGUGCCUCCUGUACAUUCUUUGUUGUGUUGGACUGUAGUUCCUUGUUGGGUAGUAAUUUGGUUGAUUGGUCAUAUCUGCUAGUCCCAAAGCCAUUCUUCCAUCUGCUGCUGAGCAGGCAUCUCCUCUUUUAUUCCAUCCUGCUGGUUUGAUGAGGACUCACUAGCGUUAUGCUGCCAAGAUGCUUUUUAUUCUGGUGCCAACUUUAGCAGCUGCAGAAGUACUGGAAUUGGGUCAUCGGUGGUUCUACAUUUGCCCAAACCGGUACAAGAUGAGAAACCUGAAGGCUCCUGAGAGCCUUAAACACCAGAAAUUUCAAGGCAGGCCUAAAUGGAGUGAAGAAAGGAGAUUAGAAGGUAAGGGAACUGUACCCACAGGCUCUCCAGAUGGAUUAGAGAUGAAGACUCUCUUCUUUUAAUGUUGGUUAAACUAACUUGACAAACGAAGGAAGGCCAAAGUCUCCAGCUUGCUGCCUCUGUAUUCUGUGCUCUCACUCAGAAGAGAAGUUGCCUAAGCACAGGCAGUAUACGCUUUUGGUUAGGUGGAGAGGGUAGGCUUUCCUUAGCAAUACUUUAUUGUGUCUUACAGCAGCAUGGUUUCUUCCUGCAAGCAAUCAGGGAAUAGCAAAGAACUGAUAUAAGGACUUGUGUAGUUGCAACCAUAUUGGAAGGGCCCGUAGCAAUUAACUUUACUGGUGGAUUAACAAUGAUGUCCUGUUUUUGGCAGGGAGGUAGGGAGCUAGACAAGCCAUUAAUCAUGUCUGUAAUGACUACCUGAGUCCAAGUUUAAAACUGAAUUUCAAGGGAAACUUCUAGGCUUGGGGGGUUUUUUGUGGAGAAAUAAAAUUGCACUAUUUAUCUCCAUGUACCACUGAACUUCCCUGACUGGUAGACACUCAUAACAGAGUAAGUGCCUUUUUCCAGGGUAGCAUAAACUUCUUUCACAGAAACAUAAGAAAGAAAAAGAAAAAAAAAAGGGGGGGGGGGGGACCUUUUUUUCCUGGAAUAUGAGUGCCCACAUGCUGGGGUGAUAGUGGCAUAAUCAUACUGAUUUAGUUUACGCUGGUAUAAUUGUGCUGGUACAUUUUGCCCAUGUAGACAAGCCUUUGGACACGCAGGCCCUAGAACCUCAUCUGCGAUAAAUCAUUAAGUCCAUUGACUUUGAUGGAGCGUCCUCACUUUGCACCAGCCGAGGCAUGGCUCUAAUUCUCUCUGCUGGAGAGGAUAGCCACUACUGGGGAAAACAUUGGAGCAAUGACUUUCAAAAAUGCUGAAUGCUUGCAAGUCUAGUUGGAGUUGAGGAGUACCAGUGUUUGGAGCUCUUGGAAGAGGUCGGGGUAGAAAGAGGGCUUUCUUUUCACCAUAUCAGAAAGGCUCCUGGACAAAAGCGAACAUCAGUUUCUCAGUUCUCUUCCUUUGCUCAUUGAUGCAUUCUGGUCCCAUCUCUUGGCUUUUAUCCCAAGCAGGCCAAAGGAAAGUCUGCAGCCACCCGGCUAGUUUACAUGCUGAUUUUGGGCCUUGACUCAACUGAGCCUCUUAGCUCGGUCCUGGUGAACUGAACAGUGCAGUUUACAGACCACGCCUGCCCCCUGAAUUGGGGUUGUCUAAUUUAGGGGGCAAAUUUUACUAAAGCUUUAAAUGGACAAAAGAGGAACAAACCUGACCCAGCAAAUCACUGCCUUAUUCUGUGGGGGAGGGAAGGGGAGGGAAGCAAAGCCUCACUAGAGAUCAGUGCUGAGUAUUUACUGCCUCUGUCCUCCAUGUUUGUCGCUGUCUAUGGUCUUCCACAGUGUAUCACUGACGAUUCCAAACCAAGUCUGUGAGACCAUCAGUCGUUCAUGGGCAAGCAUUUUUUAAUCCUGUUGUAAAUAAAAAGAUACAAAAAUGUG